AUGGAAAAAAAAGAUUUAGAACUUCUAAAUUUAAAAUAUGAAGUGGAAGAUUUCUGUGAAGAACAAAAAAUUAAAGAGCCAAAAAUACCGUGCUUUAAAAAGGGACGUAUCAAUGAAAAUAAUUGCAAUGAAGAAUGUGCAAGUAAAAUUAAAGAAUAUAAUUCAUGGAUUAAUAGCAAAAAGAUGCAUUUUAAUGAUAAAAGAAAUCUUAUCUUGCAAAAUUGCAAAAAUCAGCCAACUUAUUUUCCAACAAAACAAUGCAACAUACUAGGGACUACUAUAUUUAAAACACUUCCUGAAUGCAAAAUUAUGCAUUUAAUCUCACCGUUAGAAUCAGAAUCUAAAGAAAUAACAAAUGAUAUACAGGAAGAAAAUCAAAAUACAGUGAGUGUUCCGUCUACUGAGGGAAAUACAAUAAAAGAAAUUGUAAAAAUUUCUCCAGUAGAUCAAACUCAAUCUGAACAAAGAACUACAGUAGAUCAAGAUGUUCAACGGGUAUCACACUCUGAACUUCAAGAACCGUUAUCAACAGGACUUUCACAUACACCACAAAACACUAGAGAAGCACAUGACGUACAAACUGAACAGGAUGCAAAUUCAAAAACACCAUCACAACCUGAAUCUAAAAGUCCAAUAUCACCAGGUUCUGAUACAUUGCAGCAUCUAAUUUCUCAAGUGCCAGGAGCAACUGAUUCUGCCAAAACUGGUUCUUCAUACUCUGAAGCAUUAGAUCCUUCCUCAUCUUCUGUUAAAUAUAAUGGACACCCUAAACUUCGAGGUACCUAUGCUUUAAUAGAAAUGUUUAAAAAAAAAAAAAAGAUAAGAAGGAGGCACAUGAAAUUUCUGAGACUACUAGUACCUUCAUUUUCUAGCAAUAAAAGUGAACUUUUUACAGAUGAUCGUUUAGAACACCCAAUAUAUGAUGAUGAAGAAAUCAUAAAAAAAAUUAAAAUAAAUGAACUUAAAAAAAAUGUAUACUUAUCAAAACUAGCAAAAGACAGAUCCAGAACCAUAAUAGAAGUACAUAUGGAAGUACUCGAAGAAUGCAGAAAUGAAGAAUGGGAAAAAAACAAAGAGGAAUUCUUAAAAAUAUGCAUAGAUGAGUUCACAAAAAAGGAAUAUAAUGCCUAUCCUAAUUUAACACAUGAUGAUUUAAUAAUAGAAAUUAUAAAAUGUAGCAAUGAUAUUACAAAACAAAAUAUUCUAUGGAAUAAAUGGAUAGAAAGACAUAGAAAUAUUUCUGAAAAAUUGAAAAAAGUGCAUUGGAUUAAUAAUUUGAAAAAUGAAUGGAAAAAAGAACUAGCUUAUAUGCAUGAAAUGAAAGUAUUAAAUAUAAAAUCUUCUAAUGAAAAUCACAAAGUUCGAUUUUUAAAAAGAGAAAAAGAUAUAUGGAAGCAAUGGAUAUCAAAAAAGGGUCCUACUAUAGAACAGUAUUUGGAACAGGACUUGUAUAAAGAAUUGGAAGCUGAUUUGUAUAAAAUGCCAGAAGAAUGUGUAAAUGAAGAUACCAAAAAUUAUGUAUCACUAAUAAAUGUAGAAGAAUUACAGUAUAAUGAAAAUUAUGAAGAAUUAUGUGAAUACAUAAAAAAAAAAUUACUAACAAAGCUUUGCAUCCUCGCGCUUAUGAUAGUAUUAGAAGAAUGUAAAAAAGAAGUGAACUUUGAACAUAGGGAAUCAUAUUUGGAUAGUUCCAUAAAUGAAUCGAAGAUGGAAGAAUAUUCAGAUAAAAAACAAGAAAUUAUAGAAAAUACAAUAUAA